UACAUCAGUCACCAAACGGUCGCGAACUGUGACGGUCGCGUCUGACACACUCGCUCGAUCGAAGCGUAUCUUGUAUGAGUCGAUCGAAAGAUUCGCGCGACGAUAGCGGCCUGCUAAUUCGUUCUUUCGAGACAGGCGACUCUCUCUCUCUCUCCCUCUCUCUCUCUCUCUCCCCCUCUCUCUCUCUCUCUCUCUCUCUCUCUCUCUCUUUGAAUAGAGAUCUUGAUGUCGAAGCUUGAAAUUCCUUCCAGUUUAAAGAGGGAAGAGAGACAACAAUUUUAAGCAUAAAGAACGAUCUGGAUACUAUGGAAAUUAUAACAACGGUGAUGAAAUUCGCAUGCAAGGGUUUCUUCUUUCUGCUGUACUGUUUAUUCAAUCCGUUCUUCAAAUUGCGAACUCUGAAGAAGAGACAACAGUGUCCGCCAAUCGCCGAUCAAAUUUUGCUGCUAUCAGCUACGGAAAUUGCGCGAAGAAUCCGCAGGAAAGAAAUUCGUUGCGAAGAGGUGAUUAUCGCUUACGUUGAGCGAUGCAAGGAGGUGAAUCCGGUGCUCAACGCGAUCGUGGAGAAUCGUUACGAGGCGGCUCUUCGAGAGGCACGCGAAAUAGACGAGUUUUUAAAAUCGACGACGACGGAUGAAGCGAAAAUCUCACGCGAAAAGCCGCUACUGGGAGUGCCAGUCACGAUUAAGGAAAGUAUCGCUGUCCAAGGAAUGAGCCAUUCAGUAGGGAUGAAGGAGAGUGGAGAUGCUCCGAGAGCGACGCGCGAUGCUGACGUCGUAACGAGGAUCCGCGAGGCCGGUGGCGUCCCUCUUCUCGUCAGCAAUACGCCGGAGCUAUGCCUGUGGUGGGACACGUUCAACAAAGUGACCGGCACCACUAGGAACCCUUACGACACACGGAGGACCCCCGGCGGCUCUUCCGGUGGCGAGGCUGCCCUUCUGGGUGCUGGCGCUUCUCUUUUGAGCUUAUGUUCAGACAUUGCUGGAUCAGCCAGGCUCCCGGCGAUGUUUUGCGGUGUUUUCGGCCAUAAACCUACGCCUAAUUGGGUGUCGGGAGAGGGUCACAAGCCUAAUUCAACCGACGUAAAUUGGCUCUACUUCUUCACCAUCGGUGUGAUGGUUAGGUACGCUGUCGAUCUGCCUCUUCUGUUGACAACGAUAUCGCAGUCCGACGAAGCCAGAAACGGCUUCUGCAAGAAGGUAUGUCUAAGGAAUGUGAGAUUUUUUUAUAUGAACAACAGCGGUUCAGUCAUGACGAAUUCGCCUGAUGGCGACGUGGGAGAUGCGAUUCACAAGUUGAUCAAAUAUCUGGAGACUACACACGGUGUUAAAGUGCAAAAAACAAAGUUCAAAAACAUGAAGUCGGCUUUCGAAAUGAGCAUCACUCUUAUGCUCAGGAUCAAAAAUGUUUACUCGAUGUUCAACCGCUCGGACGAUCCAAAGAAAUCAAGAAACGCAUUUUUGGAGAUAAUCAAAUAUAUCUUCUUCUUAUCACCGUACACAUAUCCAGCUUUGUUUUAUGGGCUAAUGAAAAACGUCGGCGAACGAUUUCCACUUUCGUACUAUAAUAAAAUGAUGGAGAAGAAGAUGCGGUUGAGGACGCAAUUUGAGGAGAUGCUGAGCGACAACGGUGUGCUGAUUUAUCCAUCGUUUGUCUCGUCAGCGCCUUACCCUCAUGAGAUUUUGUACAAUAUAUGUAAUUUCACAUAUCUCAUGAUUUUCAACACGCUCGGACUUCCGGUCACACAAUGCCCACUGGGUUUCGACAAGAACCAACUGCCGAUUGGAAUUCAGAUCGUUGCAAAUCCAGGCUGUGACUAUUUAACAGUUGCUGUUGCGCAAGAGAUCGAAAGGGCAUUUGGCGGUUGGCAGGAACCAUCGAUCAUGGUCGAAGGGAAAGCGCAUGACGUAGCGUAAUUUCUCGGGCGAACAAUUUUCCUUUACCCUCGUUCUUUCGUUCCCCCGAGUAAAAUAAAAAUUCGAUCGAAUGUAAAACGCGUUCUCUCGGAAAGAUGAUUUGGCUGAAAUUUCUAGCGGGAUUGUCUAACCAGAGGAUACAGAAAAGAAAGAUGAUUUGAUGACACAAGAUGAUUUGAUAUAGAAAAAGAAAGAUGGCAUGCCGACCCAGACAAUAUAACGUCUAAAAUCAGGACAUGAGACAUCUGAAAGACAUCUCGAUUUUGAACGUUAUGUUGUCUGGGGAGCAAUUGAGAGCAGACAUUCAUUAUAUAUUGACAACAUUACGUAAUUUAUUAGAACAAUUUCGAAUAUAUUAGAACAAUUCACGAGGCUAAAUGGAGAAAGUAACUUUUUAUACGCGCGGUAAUAUAUAAUAAUGCAUAUUAAUACUACAAUAUUCGCGCGAAAUGUGCGACAAUAAAUCUCUCGGUAUAUUUUUUUAUCUUUUUCUUUAUCAAUUCGCGUAAUUAUUAUCUUAUUCGUUAGAAUAUGUAUUCCAAAUGUGUUGCAUCAACAUACGAUUCAUUAUGAUAGGUUGCCUGCCCGCGCAUCCAGUUGAUAAUUCCUUGUCGUUAUCAACUUGUCGAUAUAGUCACUCGCAUAUCUUCCUCCCAAUGAAGUUCUAGUGUUCCUAGUUAUAAUGAUUAAUAUAUGUCUCGCGGAGUAAGAGUUUUUUCAACGAAUUGUUACAUUCGCAAUGCAUUCUCAUACAGAUAGAAUAUGAUUUUAGCGUGAACGAUACUAGAACUUCGUUGGAAAGAUAUGUGAAUAAUUAUAUCGACAAGUCGAUAACGACAAGGAAUUAUCAUCUGGGUAUGUGCGCCUUUGGGCAGGCAACCCGUCAUAAUGAGUCGUAUGUUGAUGCAACACCCUGUACUUCGCACACAUUCUAAUGAAAUUGAUUAUCUCAUUAUCUCAUUAUUUAAUUAUCGAAAUGUGAAACUUUUUGUAUCAAUAUGAAAGACGCUAAUAUGCGUGCACGCCUUUAAUAUUGUGCUCAUUAGAUAUAAACACACGGGUUGUUCAUGCAUUUCGUUACUUACUUUGUUAUUGUUCGCUACUUGUUUGCGCAAAGUUACGCUGAAAAAUUUUGAUAAACGUAUGAUAUACUUGCUCUGUAAAUUGUAUUAAUAUAAAAGAGGUACAAGAAAAUAUGAUUAAAAAGUUUGUAAUAUAUAAUAAAUAUUCGCCAUGUGCCGGCACAUAGAGUACGAAGAGUUUUGCACAGAGGACACCUCUCUUACAAGCGUAUAGAACGUGUUAUCAUAAAAGUGGUUUUCCGACGGUAGGUGCUCAAAUAUAUAUCCUAUCGUUGGCAUCUUACGUAAGAUCUAAUUAAUAAGAGAUAAUCGGCUUCGGCUAUAUCACCGAACUGAUAAUAAACUUUGCGAAAUUCCAGAGAUUCCCCCGAGAUAGCAGAAAAAUUGAUCUCUUGAUGAAAAUGAAACGUGAAAAAAACUGUCUCUCAAUGCUAAAAUAAACGAAGUGUUGGCCAA